AUGAUUAGAGGUCAAACGCAGAAGGUAUCUCAGUUUAUGAAUACGAUCCCCACCAUCGCUGCUCUAUCAAAGGUCCUCACGUCUCCACCUUAUCUUCAUCUUCUUGAUUUUAAUCCUGGAAGGUACAAUCACCAUGGAUGUAAUCUUGAAUCCGAACUGGGAAAAGGACUUCAGCGACAUCAGGUGGGAACGAUUUGGCAGCAAGGAUCGACGGAAGGAAAAGAAAGGUUGGAUGAUAGAUUGUUCGGUGAUUAA